AUGGAAGGGACGGGGAGCAGCAGCGGCACUUCCUCCUCGGUCGUCGCAGACUGGAGUUUGGUGUUUUGGACUCUCUGCUCUGUGAUCCUGCCGGUGCUGAUCACCUUGUGGUGCAGCUUCCAGCGGUCCCGGCGGCAGCUGUUAAUACAAGACAUCUUUCGCAAGAGCAAGCAUGACUGGCACUACACAGACCUCUUCGGCCAGCCCUCCUACUGCUGCGUGUGCGCUCAGCACAUCCUUCAGGGUGCUUUCUGCAACUGCUGCGGGCUGCGUGUCAGCGAAGGAUGCCUCAAGAAGGCUGACCAGCUUUUUCUCUGCAAGGAAAUUAUGAUGAGGGGCAAUGGUGGAGCCCACAGCUCUAUGCCACACCACUGGAUCAGAGGCAAUGUCCCACUCUGCAGCUGCUGUGUGAUCUGCAGACAACAGUGCGGCACACAGCCCAAGCUCUGCGACUACAGAUGUGUGUGGUGUCAGUACACUGUACAUGAUGAAUGCAUGAUGGAUUGUUUAAAGACUGAGGAGUGUACAUUAGGAGAAUUCAGAGACUUAAUUAUUCCACCAUACUAUUUGUCUACAAUCAACCAGAUGCGUAAAGACAAAAGAACCAAUUAUGAAAAGGUAGUACCUUACUGCAGAAAACACUGGAUGCCAGUAAUCAUACUGGCUAAUACUCGUAGUGGAAACAACAUGGGUGAAACCUUACUAGGAGAAUUUAAAAUUCUGCUAAGGUAUUUACAAGUUUUUGAUCUAAGCAAAAUUGCACCUGCUAAAGCACUCCAACUUUGUACCUUGCUGCCUUGCAACGCUGUCAGGGUUCUUGUCUGUGGUGGGGAUGGCACAGUAGGCUGGGUCCUGGAUGCAAUUGAUGAAAUGAAGAUAAAGGGGCAAGAACGUUAUAUUCCACAAGUUGCAAUUUUACCUCUGGGAACAGGUAAUGACCUGUCUAAUACACUGGGCUGGGGUGCAGGUUAUGCUGGAGAAGUCCCUGUAGAACAAAUUUUACAAAAUGUCAUGGAGGCAGACGGAAUCAAACUAGACAGAUGGAAGGUACAAGUAACAAACAAAGGAUACUACAACUUAAGGAAACCAAAGGUAUUCACAAUGAACAACUACUUUUCUAUAGGACCUGAUGCUCUCAUGGCUUUAAAUUUUCACGCUCAUCGUGAGAAGACCCCCUCUCUGUUUUCCAGCAGAAUUAUUAAUAAGGCUGUUUAUUUUUUUUAUGGAACCAAAGACUGCUUAGUACAAGAAUGUAAAGAUCUUAACAAAAAAGUUGAGCUAGAGUUGGAUGGUGAGAGAAUCGAGUUGCCCAAUUUGGAAGGCAUCAUUGUCCUGAAUAUUGGAUAUUGGGGAGGUGGCUGUAGGCUCUGGGAAGGAAUGGGUGAUGAACCUUAUCCCUUGGCGAGACAUGAUGAUGGACUUCUGGAAGUUGUUGGUGUUCACGGUUCUUUCCACUGUGCACAGAUUCAGGUGAAACUAGCAAAUCCUGUUCGCCUAGGGCAGGCACAUACAGUGAGGCUGAUCUUGAAGAGUUCAAAGAUGCCGAUGCAGGUGGAUGGAGAGCCAUGGGCUCAGGGGCCCUGCACCGUUACCAUAACUCACAAGACACAUGCACUGAUGUUAUAUCACUCGGGUGAACAAACGGAUGACGAAGCUUCCAGCAUGUCUGAGCAAGACCACGUGAGAGAACAGACGGAUGAAGAUGUAUAG